GGAAAGGGAAGGGAAGGGGGGACUGGAAAAUUAAGCUUAUCCAAUUCCAAUUUCAAUUUCAAUUUCAAUUCCGGGGAUGAUGACGACGAGUUGCCCCUCUUUGCCUUUCAUGUCUGGUACUACUAGUAGCGGAAGAAGAGAUGCUUCUUUUACUAGCAGGAGGAGGACACCUCUCACCCCUUUCUUCUAUGCUGCUAACCCACAACAACAACAACUACGAUUGGGCAAGCCUCCACGCUUAUUCCGAUGCUCCGCCACCUCUGUUUCUUCUUCUUCUUCAACAUCAACGACAACAACAGGCACAGGCACUCCUCUGUUUUCUCUCUUGCUUGAAAUUGGUAUGACCCUCAAAGCCACGGAGGCUCUUUUCGAAUACCUAAAGUUUCAACCUUUCGAAUCCAUUCGCACCCAAAUCCAUUCUCUUCAAAACCUUGGUAUUCAUGGUCCUCUCCUGACCAGACUUAUUAGAAAAAGGCCCAAUCUUUUGAUUGCUCCUCAAGUCCAUUCCCUGCUUGCUUUUCUUUCCACCAACCAUCUCCUUCUCGACGGUGCUACCCUGAUUGAGCCUGCCCAGCUUGCACGCCUUUUGUCCGCUACAGACCCUCUCUAUUUGUCCGGUUUUGAAGCAAAGGUUCACUUGCUGUUGGAUCUUGGCAUUCCCUUACACAGCCUUCCUCAUGUUCUCAACAAUCUUAAUUUAUCUAAGGCCCUGUGUAUUAAGUCCUCUCAAGAUAUUCAUACUAUUAUCUCCUUUUUGAACCGCUUUGGUGGUAUGGACUUGAUACUUCGUCGUCCGGCCAUUCUCAAUUUUGAUCUCGAUACCCAGCUGGUCCCUAGAAUCGAGUUCUUUUUGAACAUGAGCGGGGGAGAUGAGGCUGCGACAACUACUGUUUUGCUUAAACUUCCUUUCAUCUUAGCCUACUCCGUCCAACACUAUACUAAUCAUGUUCACUUCUUCCGAUCUUUUGCUGGCUUGACCGAUGAUGAGAUUUUUAAAAUCAUACUCGUGUAUCCAAGCUUGUUUAGCGCUAGCCAGAAAAGGAAACUACAACCUCGGAUCGAAUUCCUUAAGCAAUGCGGUUUCACUUCCAAUGAAAUCUAUAAACUUUUAGUCAAAGCCCCUCUUUUUCUUAGCUUGUCGUUUGAAGAUAACCUUUCACAUAAAUUGGUUCUGUUGCUCAAGAUUGGGUAUGAACAUAGAACAAAGGAACUGGGUUUGGCGAUGGGAUGGGUGUGCAGAACUAGUUGUAAGAACAUGCAGGAGGUGAUUAGUCUCUUCUUGAAUUAUGGGUUGACUUGUGAAGAAAUUCUUGCCAUGGGAAAGAAACAUCCGCAAGUAUUGCAAUACAAUCAUAAAUCAAUGAAACAGAAAAUGGAUUACUUAACUGAGGACAUGGGGUAUGAAGUUAGAGAGAUGUUGGCAUUUCCUGCUUUCCUUGGCUAUGGAUUUCAUGGGAGGAUUAAGCAUAGGUUUGAAGCUAGUGGUAAAAUUUCAGGUGAAGGGGUGUCAAUUAACAAGCUAUUUAGCAUGUCUACAGCACGAUUCUCUAAGAAACAAGAACAGAAGUUGCCUGUUACCAUAACCAAAAGCAGGUGAACCCCUUUGGUUCUUUUGCUCCCUUCCUUAUCAACUACUACAUACUUUUGUUGAUUAUGUGCAUGUUAGCUGCAUGUUUCUCCUUACCAAUUCUUUGGUGGCAAGUGUGCCUCUCCCACCCUGGUGCACUUGUGUGAGAUUUGUGAAUUUUGUGUACUGAUUGGGGUUAGAACAUGAAAUUGUGGCUAUUAUAAAUUUUGGUUUUUACGAGCGAGAAUCUACAAAGCCUGUUUAUUCCUAGACAGUGAGAUUCUUUUUCUUGAUAUAAGAUUCUUCUUGUUAUAGUUCGUAUAGUUAUUAAUAAUAAUGGACAGGAUUGGUCCGGAAA